AUGAGUAUGAUUUUUGACCUUUCUGAUGAUGAUUACAAACAGAAAGUGUAUGAUGAAAUUAAUAAAUUAGAAAAGUAUGCUCGUAAGCCUACUCAAAGGAUGUUUUACUAUCCUCGUCUCACUCCCCAAGAAGUGUUAUUUGAAGAACAGGAGUAUAUUUUGAAUAACAGUUAUAAUGGUAAACAUAUUUAUGAGUGGAAUAGUGAUGGUUAUACCAAAAGACAGAUUUAUACUGUUGUACAUAGAAUGAUCAUGUACAGUACAAUUUGCAAGGCAAAUAGUAACGGUGAUAGGAAUAUUGCUAAAAUGAUUAUUGCUGGUACAGCAGGAACCACCCCAGGACAGAAUGUUGUCUAUUCUUUGGUUAUUAAUAUAAUAGAACAUUUCUUUGGAAGAUGGUCUGAUAAUAGUGAAAAUAUUAGGACUAUGCUUCAGCAUUUAAGAUGCAAAACCCUUAUAUCAUUUAGGUGGUAUAAGGAUGUAUUCCUUAGUAGGGUUAUGGAGUUACCUGAGUGUAAUAACACCCAUUGGAAGUCCAAGUUUAUAGUUGGACUGCCUAGCCUUUUUGCAGAAAGAGUUAGGAAAGCUCUUACAAAAGGAGAAACUAGCAUCAAUUAUGAUGAAUAUACUUACGACAAGUUAAUAGGUACUUGUAUCCAAAAAGGUUCAUCUUUAUGCAAUGAGAUUAAGCUGAAUCAAACCAGAAGAUUCAGGUUUGAUUCGGAUACAUCAGAGAGUUCUACUUCAAAUGAAGAUCUCACAGUCCUUGAAAAUGAAAGUUAUAUUUCUUCGGAUUCUGAUGAGGAACGUGCUCGAGUUCUAAUGUGA